AUGAGGGACAUUUUUGAGAAGUUACCAAAGCAGAUACAAGAAUCUGCAAGCCACAUGCAAAGGAGGGACUAUCCUAUUGUCAUUCAUGCGAAUGGAGAAUGUGGAGCUCAGUCAAAGCAUGAGAAGGAGCCCCCGCUGAUUCUUUUUGCCAUCAAGUCAACAGCACUACACUUUAGUAAUCAACAUGCUAUUCGGCUGACUUGGGGACGGGUUGGAUGGGUGGAGGGACAGAGGAUUAACAGCAGUGGUGCAGAAGUAGGUGGAGGGUACAUCCGCAGGGUUUUCUUGCUAGGCAAAGAAUCCUCAGAUGAGCUGGGUGUAGAUGUAUCCCAUUUACUAAGAAGAGAAAAUAAACUUCAUGGAGACAUUCUGUAGUGGGACUUCCAAGACACAUUUCUUAACCUGACUUUGAAGGAUGUGCUCUUCUGGAGCUGGUUCUCGCACCACUGCAGUCAGCCUCUCUUUGUCUUCAAGGGAGACGAUGAUGUCUUCGUCAACACCUCAAGACUAAUCACCUACCUCCAGCAUCAGUUAGAGAAGCACCAAUCCCACAACACCAUGGCCAAUUUCAUGGUUGGUGAGGUCAUAAGGUCUGCUUUACCCAAUCAAGAGAGGAAAUCUAAAUAUUUUAUCCCAGAAGGCUUCCACAGGGGGAUCUAUCCCAUGUAUGCAGGAGGAGAAGGGGUGGUUUACUCAGACAGGUUGGCUCGACACCUCAUAUUUAAAACAAUUCACCUGUUUCCCAUUGACGAUGUCUAUGUAGGAAUGUGCAUGAUACGUCUCAACGCCCUUCCAGUCCACCACCCUGCCUUCCUCACGUUUGACUUCACCGAGGAGAAGAGGCAGCUGUGUUCAUACCAUACCAUCCUUCUGAUCCACAAGCGGAAUCCCAGAGACGUAGUUGACCUUUGGGCUCGCAUGAAAAACACGAGGGAACGUUGUGGAGAUCUCUCUCUAAGGGCUGACAAGAAAAAAGUGGAGACCUCACCAAUACUCAGUACUUAA